CUCUCCUCCCUUCGAAUAUAUUAUAUAUCGAAAUAAUCUCCGACAUUAAGUGCGGUCAGAUUUCGCAGCACAGAAAGUUCGAAAGAUUCAAAUUUGGAAAACGCAAAAUGAUCGCAGCCGAAGAAGUACUCGACAUGGAGAAAAGCUACGUUCAGGUUGUAUUGGAGAAAUCUAAAUUGUUUGGAAGCAGACCUGCGUUUAUCGAUGCAGAAACGGGCAAAACGUUUUCCUUUGAUGAUGUCGUAAGUAGAUCUAAGAAGCUUUCGAAGAUCCUCAAGGAAAUCGGACUGAGGAAAGACGACAUCAUUGCUAUUUGCAUGGAAAAUAACAUCAAUUAUCCUAUCGUUUUUCUGGCUUGCCUCUUUAAUGGCAUUGUGCUGCAUUUUAUAAAUCCCAAAAGUACAUUCUAUGAGAUGGAGCAUGUCCUUCGUAUGAGUAAACCAAGGUUGAUAUUUACCAGUAACUCAACAUUUCAAUUGAUAUCUUUAAUACGCGAGAAAUUCAAAUUCAUUCAGUCCCACAUCAAUCUGACGAAGCACUCGGAAUGUGUGAGUCUGGAGGAGCUCCUAGAUUUCGACGAUUACAACAUAGAUGAUUUUGAAUUGGCGCAGUUUGAUCCCGUGGAGCAAGUCGCUAUUAUUCUGAACUCUUCGGGGACGACGGGAUUGCCUAAGGGUGUUCUGAUCACCCACGACAAUCUUAGAUGCAUGUUCGGAUAUUUCGGUAAUCCGCGAUUUAUUCCGAGCGGCUUGGAUGACGUAACGCUCUCGGUGUGCCCGUUCUACCAUCUCUACGGAGUGAUUAUUUCAGGCAUCACCAUGGUUACAGGAAUGGUUUCCGUGGUGAUGUCCAAGUACAAGAACGAGACGUACCUGGAGUUGAUUGAAACUUACCAUGUGACGAUGUUGUUCUUGGUGCCGCCGAUGGCGAUGAUUUUGGCGAAAAGUCCUCUGGUCGACAACUAUAAGCUGGAUAGUCUCAAAUGGAUUUUUUGCGGUGCGGCUCCUUUAGGCAUCGAAGUGCAGACGAUGCUUUCGAGUAGACUGAACGUGACGAUCCAGCAGCUGUACGGAAUGACAGAACUGACGGGUUUAGUCACUAUAAUGCCAACAGAUGUCAAGGAGUUUAAGAAGACGGGAUGCGUUGGCAUUCUAACUCCGGGUACCUUGGCGAUGGUCAGGGAUCUGGAGACCGACUUACCGUUGGGUCCAUAUCAACCUGGGGAACUCUGCUUCAAGGGUCGUUUCAUCAUGAAGGGAUAUAUCAAUAAUCCCGGUGCAUCACAGGCGGCCAUAGACAAAGAUUCGUAUCUUAGAACUGGUGAUCUUGGGUACUACGAUCAGGAUGGCUACUUCUACGUCGUAGAUCGACUCAAAGAGUUGAUCAAGUACAAAGGAUUCCAGGUACCUCCCGCUGAACUGGAGGACGUUAUCAAUUCGAAUGAGUCUGUCGCAGAUUCAGCUGUUAUUGGUAAACCCGACGAUUUCGCCGGGGAAUUGGCCGUGGCUUUUGUCGUCAAGAAGCCGUACAGCGAUAUCAGCGAACAAGAUAUCAUCGAGUACGUGGCAAAGCAUCUUUCGAGGGAAAAACAUAUAUACGGAGGAGUUAUUUUUCUGGAUGAAAUCCCCAAGACACCAUCCGGGAAAAUAUUGAGAAAGGAAUUGAGAAAAGUUAUCAUAUAAUCUAAUUAUCUACAAAAACCUGUACAUAGUCUUAGUAUAUUUUAUCACCAAUAAAUCCUAAAUCAAUAUAU